AUGUCCAAGGUCGUGCGCAGCGUCAAAAAUGUCACCAAGGGUUACUCCUCCGUCCAGGUCAAGGUGCGAAAUGCCACCAGCAAUGAUCCUUGGGGCCCGACCGGCACCGAAAUGGCCGAGAUUGCUGCCUUAACGUUCAGCAGUCCCACCGAUUUCUACGAGAUCAUGGAUAUGCUCGACAAGCGUCUGAACGAUAAGGGAAAGAACUGGCGCCAUGUGCUCAAAUCCCUCAAGGUGCUCGACUACUGUCUCCACGAAGGCUCCGAGCUCGUCGUCACAUGGGCCCGCAAGAACGUCUACAUCAUCAAGACUCUGCGCGAGUUCCAGUAUAUCGAUGAAGAUGGUCGCGAUGUCGGUCAGAAUGUCCGCGUCGCCGCGAAGGAACUCACCGCCCUGAUCAUGGACGAAGACCGAAUGCGCAGCGAACGCUCUGAUCGCAAGUUGUGGAAAUCCCGUGUCAGUGGCUUGGACGACUACCCCGGGUACGGAAAUGAGCCCUCACCCCGUCGCCCCGACCGACGAGAGCGUCGCCGCCCCGCCGAUGAUGAAGACGCCGAAUACCGUUUGGCUAUCGAGGCCAGCAAGGCCGAAGCUGAAGAAGAGCGCAAGCGACGGGCCAAGCAGGCCAUGGCCGCGGAGGACGACGAGGAUCUGGCCAAGGCGAUCAAGCUGAGCAAGGAAGAGGAGGAACUGCGCAAGCGCGAGCUCGAGGAAAGCAACGCCCAGUCGCUCUUCGACGAUACCCCCGUGCAACCUGCCCCCGCGCAAGCCACUGGCUACAACCAGGGAUACCAGCAGCAGAGCGCCGUCGAUUGGUUCGGCAACCCGAUCAACCCCCAACAACCCCUCACCACCGGAUACCUCAACAACCAGUAUGCGCAGCCAACCGGAUUCCAGGCCCAGGCUACGGGGAUGCCUAAUGGGUACACCAACGGUUUCGGCCCGUCCGCUUUCGAUCCGAAUCCCUAUGGCCAGCCGCAGAACAACUUCCUCCAGCCCCAGGCGGCCCUCCAGCCGCAACACACGGCUUUCAGCACGAAUAACCCGUACGGCACCGACGUGUACGGCCAGCAUCAGCCGCAACACCAGGAGAACUUCCCCUCGGCGGGCACCAACAACCCAUGGGCCGCCAGUCCCAGCCCGCAGCCUACCGCUGACGCCCUGAAACCGAUGCCCACGGGCUCCAACAAUCCGUUUGCUGCCCGUCAGCAAUUCCAGCAGCCCCGACCCUCCACGAGCGGUCCCCCGUCGCUGAACACGCUGGCCGAGGAGCGCGCAACCACACAGUUCACCGCGACAUCCCACAACCCAAUCGCCAACUUCCAGGCGCCGCAGCAGACGUCGCUCGCUCCGCCGAAGAGCACCCCGCCGCAGAUGAACGACCCUCACCACCAGCGCCUCAACCAGCUGCUCGCUACGGGCGAAGGGCAGGACACCUUCGGAAACGUCGGCGACCUGCGGAUUCCGGCGCAGCACACGGCCCCAGGAACGUUUGUCAACUCUGCGGGCCAGGGAUUGGACCGGUUGCGGGCCACGCACACGGGCAACAAUCCAUUCUUCAGCCAGCGUCAACAGCCGCAGCAGCAGUUCGUGCCACAGCAGACGGGCUUUGUGUCCAACAACAAUCCGUGGGGAGCGGGCCAACCAGCUUUCCAACAGCAGCAACAACAAGCCGGGGGCAGCCUGAUCGAUCUGUAG